UCGGCAGUGACCGCCAGCGCGUCGUCUUCGUCUCCAGUCUGCAGCCAUGAACAAGAUGACCUCGCAGCAGCAGCAGGCCGCGGUGGCCGCCAAGCGCCAGAAGACGGCCGCGUCCGCCUCCCGCGACGUCGCCACGUCCGCCAGGGCCGCGUCGGACUUCGCCGAGCUGUUCCCCGGGCUGCCGCGCGUCGAGUACCGCCCCGACGCCGGCCCCGAGGACGUGCUGUGCUACCGGUACUACAACGCCUCGGAGCGCAUCCACGGCCGCAGCAUGGAGGACUGGCUGAGGCCCGCGCUGUCGCUCGGCCACGCGCUCCGGCCCACGGGCGAGGACUCGUGCGGACAGCCCACGUUCCAGAGGCAGCCGCCCUGGAGCGACGGCACCAACUCGCUGGAGAACUACCAGCGCCGAAUCCGAGCGGCCUUCGAGCUCUGCGGCAAGCUGGGGGUCAGGCAGUGGGCGGCGUGGGACCGGGACCUGGCGCCGGAGGGCGACUCGCUGGAGGAGACGCAACGCAACCUGGAGGACUCGGUGGACCUGUGCCUGGAGCUGCAGCAGCUGGCCCAGCGCGCGGGCACCACGCUCCGGCCGCUGUGGCUGGCCGCGGACCUGCACUCGCACCCGCGGUACAGCCAGGGCGCGGCCACCGCCCCGGACGCGGGCGUGGUGGCGACGGCGGGGGCGCAGGUACGCCGCGCCCUGCAGGCGGCCCAGCGGCUGGCCGCGGACUGCUUCCUGUUCUGGGGCGGCCGUGAGGGCUACGCCACGCCACUCAACACGGACCCCGCCAGGGAGCUGCGCGGCUACGCGCGGCUGCUGCGGAUGACCGCCGAGUACCGCGACAGGCUGGGCUACCGCGGCCAGUUGCUGCUGGAGACGACGUCGCGUCCCUGCGCGGGUGGGGCGGCCGGUGGGGCGGCCGGUGGGGCGACCCAGCGCCGCUACGACGACUGCGCCGCCGCGGCCGUGUGCCUCCUCAAGCAGUACGGGCUGGACAGGCACUACAAGCUGAGCGCGCCGCCCGGCCACCAGGCCGUCAUCAGCACCGCGUACGGCAUGCUGGGCUGCAUCAACGCCACCAGCGGCGCCUUCCCCCCGGACGUGCGCGACGCCACAGUCCUCAUGAAGAGCGUCGUCGAGCAGGGCGGCGUGCAGCCCGGCGGGCUGCUGGUGGGCGUGGCGCUGCGCAGGGAGUCCCUGGACAGCAGGGACCACGGCCGCGACGUGCUGGCGGCGUCCGUGGCGGUCAUCGACUGCUACGCCCGGGCGCUGCGGGCCGCCGUCAAGAUCGUGGCGGAUGGCGCCUUCAGCAGGAACUUGCAGCAACGUUACUUGAGCUUCCACAGCGGCUUCGGGGCGCGCCUGUCGAGCGGGGAGGCCACCUUGGAGGACUGCGAGGACUACGCGCGGAAGCAUUCGCAGCAGCAACUGCAGCUCCUCCAACAGCAGGGGGCGGCGCAGGGCGGCCAAGGGCAAGCCCAAGGCUGCAGCGGCCGCCCCGAGCACUGGGAGGCGCUGUGCCGCCGCUACGUGGACGCCGUCGCGGACACCUCUCGAGAGUGAGAGAGAAAGAGAGUCAGAGAGAGCAGGAGGCGAGGGAAGUGAAACACAGAGUCAAGUACUGUAUGCAUUUAUUGUUUUGAGAUACGAGGAAAAUGCCCUCCAAACUAACAGCACUUUACAGUUUUAGCUGCUAAUUAGUGGAAUGACUGGUAAUUGUAAAUUUAAAACAGAAAAAAAAAUCUGUUUUGAAAUGGCAACAAAUGAUUCCUCAACAGACAGAAAAAAAGACAAAAAAAAUUCCUCAAUGGGACAGGAAGCAAAAAUAAUGGAAGCAAGAAAAAACACUUCAACAAUGUCUACUUUAAUUCUGAUGAGGCUAUGCAGCUUAGCAAAAUUGGUAACAGUUUAAUAUCCAGGUGGAACAUCAAGGCUUCCUGAUCCCAGUAGAUGCACAAAAUCCAUGUCACGAUAUUAGUAGAGGAAAGCAAUACUUUAAAACUUUUUUCAUUGUUACAUUGAGCAAACCAAAACAUGUGUAAAAAGCAUUUCUGUAUAUUAAAUUUAAUGGAAAAAUUAUUUGGCACAAACAAGCGCUGUAAUGCAGAGCACUUGGAACAGUAAACAAUAACUAGCAAAUCACAUCCCAGCUAAACCAAAGCAGGAAGUCACUUAAAAAUUUGCCUGGGCAAAUCACAGAGGUACAAAAUAAAAAUGUAGUAGGCCUGCGUUUUGAUGAUGCAACGUUAGUUUUUCAUCAUUUAACAAAUACAGCUCCAGUGAUAUCUUGUUGUUUUUCCUGUGGUAGGUAGAUUUGACUAACAAGUAUUUUUUCUCAAAGAAUGAAAGUGAGCAAUCACAGAAAAGUAAGACAUGAUAAAAGGAAUGUGAAAUUAUUUAAUAAAGGGAUGAAUUGGCCUCUAUAAAUUUUACCAACAACUUCUGACAUCAUAACAAUGAUACCAUGUAAAAGUUGCUCCGAAUUGAAGAGAUUACCUCAGAAUUCUUCAACUCACACUAUUUUUUUCUACAGAAAUGGUCAAGAUUGCCAUUAGUCUGCUUUGAUUUCUGAAAGAGAAAUGGAUCAAAAUUUUAAGUACUCUAUUACUCUAAAGUACUCAAACCCAGUGUGUUUAUCGCCUUGUUCAAACUAUAAGCUACUAAUACCACUAUUUUCAAUUGAAUAAAAGGUAAAUAUUGUA